GGGAACGGGCGGGGGUGGGGGGACGGGCCGCACUUGGGGAGCCGCAGGGUUUAUAGGUCACCAGGAAGGAGCGCAGCCCGCGGCCGCAGCUCGGAGCAGGCCCUCGCCCGGACCGCAAUCGCCGUGCUCCUCCCCGCGGCCCCCCCCCCGGCGUCUAGGCUCGCCCGCGCUCGCCGAGCCUCUCGCGGCCGCUGCCGUGCGGCCUCAGCGUCGCUUCCGGUAGUUACCCGACCGCCGGCCAUGGCCGCCGCGGGGGGCGCCCGGCUCCUGCGCGCCGCCUCCGUGGCCCUGGGCGGCGCGGCCUAUCGUUGGCUGCUCCACGCCAGACCCCGCGCGGGAGCCGGCUGCCUCGCGGAGCUCGGGGGGCCGGGCCGGGGCGGCGGCGCGGUGGCGCCCCGGACGCUGAGCGUGUCGGCGCCGGCGCGGAGCAGCUCAGAAGAUAAAAUAACAGUCCACUUUGUAAACCGUGAUGGGGAGACAUUGACAGCCAAAGGGAAAGUCGGUGACUCUCUACUAGAUGUUGUGGUUGAGAAUAACCUAGAUAUUGAUGGCUUUGGUGCAUGUGAAGGAACCUUGGCCUGCUCUACAUGUCACCUCAUCUUUGAAGACCACAUAUUUGAGAAGUUAGAUGCUGUCACUGAUGAGGAGAAUGACAUGCUCGAUCUGGCGUACGGGCUAACGGAUAGAUCUCGGUUGGGCUGCCAAAUCUGUUUGACAAAGUCUAUGGACAAUAUGACCGUUCGAGUACCUGACGUGGUGGCCGAUGCCAGGCAAUCCAUUGAUGUGGGCAAGAACUCCUAAGCUAGAAUAAAUUGGAAUAUUUUCACAAAAUUCUACCUAUUUUUAUAGUUAUUAUUUCUUAAUGUGAUGAAAUGAGAACAUGGGUGAAGGGGUUUAUUAGGAUGAUUAGCUUUACUACUUUAAUUGACCUUACAUAACUACUGCAUUUUGUAGUUCUAAAGGUAUGCAAUCCUUAUUUUGGUUAAAUUAUAAAAAAGCAAAUCAAAUAUUAGAAAAAUAGUUAAUAUCAUAAAACCUUACAUAUUUUACCUUAGGUUUGUUUAGCAACUUUAGCAACAUGUUUUCACAUAAAUUUUAUCCUUAAUUACCUGUAAGUUAGGUUAAAAAAAGAUAUUUUCCCUGUUAGAUGUGGGUAAAGACAGAGCCCCUAGAUGGCUUAUCUAGGGCCAUGGACCAAAUUAGAAGGUAUGUACUAGAACCCACAUCUUCUUACCCAACAUAUAUGUUCAGAUUGAAACUAGAGAAGUUAUGAAUAUCUUGUUUAUAUCAGUAAUUAAGUGGACAAAACUAAGCACUCCGUAAACUGCUUCAUUUCAAAGAUAACUAGUUAUUGCCCUCUAAAUAGUAUUUCAGAAUUUUUGAUUCAUUGAAAAGUAUCUGGACUUCCUCACAGCACGGUGCUGGUUUCUGAGAGCCGGUGCUGUAAGAGUGAGCUCCUGUGCCAGGUAGAUGCUGUAUCCUUUCAGUGACCCAGUUAUGGAAGUUACACAGCAUCAUGUCUGCCUGUUCUCUUCAUUAGAAAUGAGGCACUAAGUCAGGCCCAUCACUUGAAGGGAGGGGUGUCAGAGAAUUUGCAGACAUGCCUUAAAGCCACUACAAUAACCAUUAUUUUCAGGUUAGCUUACUGGCAGGCACAUUUUUGCCUAUGAAAAUUGUCUCUUUAACCAACAGCGUUCUAAACUUUUUUGAGAAGGGCUGGAUUCGUUCUUAUAUUGCAUUUUGAAAGAUUCUUGUGUCUUCUUUUUUAUGAUGGUUCAUUGGUUUUAUUCUAUAACUCCCACAGUUUUCUUCUUGACGUUCGGUUAAAAUCAGAGGGAAUAAUGGUGGGUUCUUUUUCAAUGUUGUAUAAUUUUAGUUUACAUUUUUCUGCAUUUUUCCAUCAAGAAAGGCAGCUUCCUUGGGUAUAAUAGUCUAUGUAACUGUUGGUUACAUGCUAAUACUUAAUAUUGUAUUUGCUUUUCACAAAUAAAACCAACCUAUAAUUAUGGAAGUAACUCAAAA